UGAAUAAACUUUAUUAUUAUUUUGAUUUUACUGUGGGUUUUUUUAUAUUGAAGAUUAUAGAAAAUAAUAUAAAUUAUCUUUUAUUGGUUUGACACUGGAACAGCAAUUAAAACUUAUUUAAUAAAAAAAAAUGAAGUUCCACUUUACUUUAUGCAUUUUUUUUGCUGUCAUAUGUGACGGUGUACACCUUCAAAAACCUCAAAGAAAUUCAAAUAGCCCUCCACAGGAUCAACAACUAUUAUUACUACUAAACAAACUAUGGCAACUAGAUAAAAACAGACUUGUUUACGGGCGUGAAAUUCAAAUAUCCGUUCAAGGGCGCGUGUCUUGGAAUGAAAAUGCUGUUACAGAUUUAGCUAUGCGACCCUUAUUUGCAAAUAUAAACAGUUUGGUAUUAGAAAAACCAACAUUCAAAGCUUUUAUCAAACUUCUUGACAACUACUGCAAGAAUAUCGGCGAAAACGAACUAAUUACAAAUACAGAAGCAUAUGAAAAAGAUGAAUUUCUUCGAUUAAUAUUAGAAAGUGAGAUUAUGAAAGAAGUAUACAAGUUUCUAAAAUUGAAAGGGAAAGUUGGUAACAGCUUGAAUGACUUUCGUCAAAAGUUAGAUGAACUAUGGUUUAAACCUUAUUACAGAAAAGCUUCGACAAAAAUUGAAGAUUCGUCUGGGUUUGAGCAUGUGUUUGUAGGAGAAAUAGAUAAAGCUUCUCAAAAAGUAUCUGGUUUUCACAGUUGGAUACAAAUGUAUUUAGAAGAAAAAAAAAAUGAUCUGAACUAUUUAGGAUAUUUAAAACAAGGAAAUAGCACAUCAAUUCUAAUGAGUCGGUUUAAGUGGCAUAAUUCAGUAAAAUCAAUAGGAUCAACGUUCAUUGGUACGUCACCUGAGUAUGAAAUAGCCGUAUACACAGCUAUAUUUUUAAUGGAAUACUCUGAUUUUCGUUUCACGAUUAAUGGAACGCCUGUUAAAGUCACUUGCUUUGGAAUCAAUAGAGGAAAAAGCAUCGGAACCUGUUAUCCGGAUGUCAUAUAAAAAAAGUUUAACAUUAAAAAAACAUAAAAUAUUAGAGUAAUCUUUUGUAUUAGAUAUUAACUUUAAGGCUUAUAUAUGAUAAACUUUUAUACAUAAUAAUAUUA